AUGACCCGGCGACCAUCAAAUCACCGCCAUAGGCCUUUAGGCUUCUCCUCAUUUGCCCGUAAUGCUAAUUUGAUGGCUUCCAAGUCCACCAAAUUGAAGCAGCUCAGCUCUUCUAAGUCAGACGAGAAAGCUUCCGUCAAUUCCCAAGAUGACGAGAUUGAAAAGGGUUGUAUGAAAGGGAAGGGCGUGCUCUCUGAAUCUUCCAGUGAAGAAGAAAGUGAUAGUGAAGAAGAAAAUGAUGGAUCUUCUCUUUUCUUACAAAUCUGUUUAUCUGGACAGGGAAUUGUCCAGCUAGACUUUGACUUCUUCAGCCCAAAACCUGAAGAUUUCCAUGGAGUGAAGGUUUUGCUGCAUACUUACCUGGAUGACCACCAGUGGGACUUGAGUGGUUUCGUGGACUUGAUUCUGGGACAAACCACAGUAGGUACAGUGGUCAAAAUAGAAGACGAGGAGGACGAAAAUGAUGAUUGUCUAUACUCCAUUGUCACUGCCCUAAACUUGGGUCGGUAUAAGGAUACCAAACCCAUCAAGGAGCUCAAGAAUAUUUUGCUUCGAGCAUGUAAAGAAAAGGACAUUGUAGGUGACUUGAGAAUGCUUUUGAAUGAGCAAGCACAGGAUGUAGGACUCUUGGUCAUCAAGCAUGUGAAUAAUUUCCCUCCUGAGCUUUUGCCUCCCCUUUAUAAUAUACUCUUCAAUGAAGUGGCACAGGCGGCUAAACAUGAGCCAACUUAUUUCAAAUUUAAGGUUUAUCUACUGAUUACCAGAAUUUACAAGCUUAAUAAUGCCAACCAGCGGAAAGGUACUUCAAAUAGUGAUAGUGACGAACCAAUAAUAUAUGUAUGGCCUGAGGAUGAAGUUUUUCAUAAGUUAAGCUCAUGGACCUUCACCUUUCCUCUACGAUCUCGGCCAGCUGACGAGGUAAUAUUUAAUCUUGUCACCGUUUUCCUAUUCCUUCCAUUAAAUUGUUUUACCUUGUCUGCCUGUAUUUUUGUCAACAACAAUUUUUUGAAGAACUACAAACCCAUGGGACUAGUCAUGGCCCUAUAAGCAAAAAAAGUUCCGACCUUUCAGAAAGAGCUGCAAUGUCUAAUUAGUGAAUCUUGAGGACAUUAAAAUCAAUGGCGUAGCUGCAUGUCAGUUCAUCCUCAUUCUGCUUGCUUAAACAUCAGAAGUAUGAGGAUUCGUCCUAUUUUUGUUUUUCAGCUCCUUGAUCUUGGUCUUCUAUGUUGGCCAAUGAUGGUGAAAAUCGUUGAUCUUCGUCUUCUGUGUUGGCCAAUGGUGGUGAAAACAGAUCCAGUUUUGUAUGUUUAGUGCAUGUCUAUGAUUUUGCUGGCUAUUGUCAUGCUAAAUAUCGAAGAAUUUCAGUAUUCAAUAUCUGGUAGCAUUUAGUAAAAAUGAGUUUAGAUUUACUUGCGGAGGAGUUAUUUAGAAUUUUGAGUCUUUUUUUUUGUGUGUGAAUUAGAAUUUCAUUGAAAAAAAAAAGUACGACUGAAGAGUCUGAAGUUUGUAGAGCCAUCUAAUAUAGAGGAAGGGUUCUUUUUCA